AUGUGUGCGUGCGCGUGUUUAUCUGAGGCUCCGCGGGGCAGCGGACCUGGCCCCCUCGGCCCCUUCCUCCUCCUGUUAAUUCCAGGUUUUGGCCAAAUUGGGAGAGGGCACAAAAUAACCACUUACCCCUUCUCACCGAGGAAGAACGGGAGAAAGGGCAUGGCACAGUCCCAAGGCUGGGUGAGAAGGUACUUUAAGGCCUUUUGUAAAGGCUUCUUUGUGGCAGUACCUGUGGCAGUGACUUUCUUGGAUCGAGUUGCCUGCGUGGCAAGAGUGGAAGGAGCAUCGAUGCAGCCUUCUUUGAAUCCUGGGGGCAGCCAGUCAUCUGAUGUGGUGCUUUUGAACCACUGGAAAGUGAGGAAUUUUGAAGUACAGCGUGGUGAUGUUGUGUCAUUAGUGUGA